AGCGUGAGGGAGAGUGAGAAAUCUCCCUUUCUCAAUCCCAAACAUAACAUGCCAUUUUGCUCAUUUUUUUUUCAUUCCACUCUCUUACGCACGGGCAAUUGGGAAAGCAAGAGUGGGGACCUCGACAAUGAAACUUGAAACUUUGACCUUUGCCGUUCUGCUUGUUUUGCCGGUUCCCGCCCCUCCGACGAUGCGGCCUUUUGCAUCUGUCGGUCAUGAUUCGAUUUUGCUGCCCGGCACUGGCCACUCUGCCCACCCUCUGCCGCCGCCUCCCGCCUCUCCUCUACACAGUACACUCUUCCCUUCCCGCCCACCGCCUGGCCUGGUCUCGGACGGAUCGACGCCGGGGGUCGAUGGUUCAGCAGAACCAGCAGCCACCCGACCCAGAACUCCCGCCCGUUCCCGUUCUACCAUGCUCCCGCCCCCAAAGUGGUGCAACCCCGUGUGUCAUGAACCAGCCCGUGUGUGCUCCCACGUCGGACCGCGGCGGCUGGCACACUGGACUUCCAACGGCAGCGGGGAACGUGCGAGAAAAUGGGCACAUGUGUUGCUGAUCGCGGAAGGCGGAAGACGGAAGACGGAAGCCGUCGGGCUCGCCCACGUCCUGCUCCACACCCCAGAUGCUCCCAACCCCAUCGCUCCGGUACUUGCACGCCUGCAGUAGCCUGGAUCUACCACCCUCUAGUGGGGUUUCUGUCGCGCGGCCGGCAGUUGUCAAGUGGGAAAAGGGGCGCGUUUCGCCGGGCCACUGUCACAGUGUGUUGUGUAGUGGUGCCAGUGGGGGCCAUCACUAGCAGUGUUACAACGCGCCGAGCAAGUGGUUGGACGUUAAUCUGCCAUGAUAUGCGUGAUACUCGAGAAUCUUCUCAAUGCCACCCUCGGGACCGUGGUUGGUCGGGGGUGGCCAGUGUCGAGGGAAUGAGGUGGCAGGGAUUGAUAAUCCUCCCAGACAACUGCCAGGCAGGCGCCCAAGGCCGAUGAGGGGUGGCAUUCGGGGCUGGUUGGCUACCAUCCUGUUUGUUUCCUGGCAAAUAAGCGCGGGCGUUCAACCACAAACAAAGCCUGCCGCGCGGGCUCCGUCGAGAUACCCAAGGGCGGUUCCCAUGCCGCCGAGCUAGCAAGAGUCGGGCGUUUCUGCGAGAACGCACCCGUCCUGGACCAGGAUGCUGUUGAUGAGACCCGAGGCAUGCAUUGAUUGCGUGUCGCCUCUCGCUUGCUUUUCCCCUUCAACGCCACCGGUCUGGCCUCUGUGGCGUGCCUCUCGCACAAGGCCCGAGAUCGGUUCAAGGCCCUGGCGGCCCGAUGUUUCGAUCCUUGGCUUUUCUCAGCACCAUCAGCCAUCAGUAUGAGGCUUGCGGCACGCCGCACAGAGCUGAGACUGGGCUUGUCGAUUGCGAUCUCGGUGCCACGCGAUCUAGAACCCAAGAAGGCCUGGCAACUCCUGGGCGACACGCCUCGACCUGUCGUCCGCCUGUUGUUGAUCCACAGAAAAACUCUGCUGUCGGCUGGCACACGAACGUCAGCCGGGCCGAGGGAAAAGUCAUUCGAGUUUCCGCCAACCUUGGCCGGUUCAUCAAUGGCAAACGCGCCAGGGGCUUUCUCCUAUCGGGCCUGCGGGACAAGGGGGGCAAGCUAGGGCAAACUAGAGGGGGGGCUCAAGUCGAAAGGCCUCCCUGUGGCUUGCCAUUCUCGAUUAGCCUGACGGAUAAUCACAUCUACGUGUCACCACAUUCCUGACGAGGCGUUCGAGAACCGAACCCCUGUUAUUUAGUAAGAACCCGGCAAGGCGGCAGGGGGGCCCCGAGGCGACUGCCGAAGAAACCCUGUUUGGUCGUUGCCGGCAUUCCCCAUUGGCCAGGCCAGAGUAGGUUAGCCUCCAGGUUUGCAACGAAGAGGCUGGCUCGCAAAACAAGCACAAAAUGCCGCGAAGGCGACGCGAGGCUUGAACCAGGAUUGCGCCAACCCAAGUGGUCGGGAGCUGAGGCCUGAGGACAAAUCAGGCAGCUUUUGGCUGAGCUGAGGAGCCAAGCCUGCAUGACCGUGGGUCGGUCCAGAACCUUGAAGGGGCGUCUUCCUUUUCCCACUGGCCAGCCGCGUUCCAAGGGUGAUUACCUAACGACAGGCCGCCAGGCACCAGAGAGCAGGCCGUGCCGAUGGGCCGUGUGCAUGGCACAGGAUGGCUUCGCGUGCUGAUUCGGUGCACGGCACGUGCAGGGCAGGGCCGGAGGCCGGGAGCAAUCUACCGCAUUGACGAGGUGGAUGUAUCCACAUGCCGGAAAGGAGAGACGGCGCGGCCAUGGCGGCCUGACCGACAUCGUGGCCGAGGAGCUUGGCCAGACUACCUACGCCCGGUGGCGGAUCCCUCCCACCAACUGAAAAAAAAAUCCGAACCGCAAAA